AUGCUAUCAAUAGCAAAGCAAUCGGCUCUGCGCACGCUGCGUACCCAAACAACCUCCACAUCCCUCUCAUCCCGUACACAAUCCACAUCCCUUGCCCGCCUGCUCUCCACACUCGCAAUCCUCGAGCAAAGAGAUGGAAAACUCAACACAGGCUCGCUGGGCGCCGUAACGGCCGGGCAGAAACUCGGCGGCGCUGUCCACGGCUUCGUGGCCGGCAAGGGAGCAAAGACAAUUGCUGGCGAUGCUGCUAAAGUCCAGGGUCUCGAGAAGGUCCUCGCCGUCGAUAACGAGGCCUACGACCGUGGACUGCCCGAGAAUUGGGCGCCGCUGCUCGUAGAGAAUAUCAAGAAGGGUGGCUAUACGCAUGUCAUUGCACCACAUUCGGCUUUUGGGAAGGGCCUGCUGCCUCGCGUUGCUGCGUUGUUGGAUGUCCAGCAGGUAUCGGAUGUUAUGGCGAUUGAGAGCGAGGAUACAUUCGUCCGACCGAUCUAUGCCGGCAACGCCAUCCUAACAGUCCAAAGCACCGACCCCAUCAAACUCAUCACCGUCCGCCAGACAUCCUUCGCCCCAGCCGAAACCUCAGGCGGCUCUGCCUCUGUCGAGGAUGGCGUCGACCCCAACACACCCUCCCAAACAAAAUGGAUCUCCGAGAACCUCGCCAAAUCCGACCGGCCAGAACUCGCCUCGGCAAAGAAAAUCGUCUCGGGCGGCCGCGGCCUCAAAUCGAAAGAAGAAUUCGACCGACUGAUCCCACCGCUCGCAGACGCACUGGGCGCCGCAAUCGGUGCAUCGCGCGCGGCAGUCGACAGUGGCUUCGCCGACAAUAGUUUGCAGGUUGGUCAGACGGGCAAGAACGUCGCGCCCCAACUGUACCUCGCAGCGGGGAUUUCUGGCGCCAUUCAGCAUCUUGCCGGCAUGAAGGAUAGCAAGGUCAUUGCGGCGAUUAAUAAGGAUCCUGAUGCGCCCAUUUUCCAGGUUGCGGAUGUGGGUCUCGUUGGGGAUCUGUUUGAGAAGGUUCCGGAGUUGACGGAGAAAUUGAAGUAA